CCUGUUAACCAAUGAAUGAGUCCUCCGUCUUUUACCCUUUGCUGGGGCUGGCUCUUAUACCACAACACAGCGACCUUACUCCCCAUUCUUUCCUAUCUGUACAGUUAUCUUUACUAUAGCCAUGUCUUGGACACCGAAACGUUCUCUUGCUGAGACCGAGGACAUACUAUGUGGUCCCGGAUGUCCUCACGAAGUAGAAACCCGCCUGAUCGACGGCAAACUCCUCAAGGUAUACAAGAACUUGGCCCCGACGCUCCGCGCCUUUUGGAUGUCGGCAGUGGAGAAAAAUGGCGACAAGGAUUACAUCGUGUUUGAAGGUGAACGGUACACUUACCGCCAGGUUUUUGAUCGCUCGGUGCGCACGGCGGGCAUUUUUUAUACAGUGUAUGGCGUCAGGAAAGGCGACAGAGUCGCUGUAUGCUCCAGAAAUGUAUCCGAAUAUUUGGUGAUUUUCUGGGCCAUUCACCUCCUCGGCGCCGUUCCAGUUCUUGUCAAUGCAUGGCUUCCCCUCGAGCCUCUCACGUUUUGUCUUGUACAUACUCAGCCCCGACUGCUUGUAGUUGACGCUGAACGUGCGGACGUUCUUGCGCCUGCGAUCGACAAGACAUGCGCCGAGGCUGGAAUCGCCGCCGUCCUUGUGUUGCAUCCGAAGGUCAUUCCUCCAGGGAUGGAAAAUUACCACGACGCUGUCGACGGAUAUCUAGGUCCCUACAAGGACAUUUUCACAAACUACCCUGAGAUAAGCCCGGAGGACAACGCUGCUAUCAUGUUCACAUCUGGCACGACCGGGUUACCAAAGGGUGUUUUAAGUACCCAACGCCAGUUUCUCACAAACACACUUAACACUAUCGUUGGCGGAAGACGUGCACUGCUGAGACGGGGAGGAAAUCUUCCGGACCCUGCAGCUCCUGCUAAAGGGCCCCAAAAGGGUGCCCUCAUUGCCGUUCCCCUCUUUCACGUUACCGGGACGACUAGCUAUACUAUGUUGGCCACCAUGUCUGGAAUGAAGAUUAUUCUCAUGACUAAAUGGAUUCCUGAAGAAGGGGCUCGAUUGAUCAGGGAAGAAAAUGUCGGCGUUGCCGGCGGCGUCCCAGCCAUGGUCUCCGAUCUCAUGGAUAGUUCUCUCGUCGGGUACUCCCUCGAUGGCCUGUUCUUUGGUGGAUCUCCAGCUCCUGAAGUUCUCUCCUCUCGAGCGAGAGAGGUCUUUCCGACUGCAGAAUUGAGUCAAGGAUACGGAUUGACCGAGACCAAUUCCAUAUCCGUCGCAAUCGCGGGAGAAGACUACAUGACCCGUCCAGGAAGCACAGGGCUUCCUUCUCCUGUAAAUGAAGUCGCUAUCGUCUUGGAUGGAAUUCGGCUUCCGAGAGGACAGACCGGAGAAGUUUGGCUACGCGGACCCAAUGUUAUGAAAGGAUAUUGGCGUGAUCCAGUGGCAACGAACAGUGUACUCACAACCGACGGAUGGCUCAAGUCGGGAGAUUUGGGAAUGCAGGACCAAGAUGGAUUCUUGUACAUCAAAGAUCGAAUCAAGGAUAUUAUCAUCCGUGGCGGCGAAAGCAUCUCCUCAAUCUCCAUCGAAAAUGGCCUAUACAAUGACCCACGAUUGGCUGAAGUAGCUGCUGUGGGGCUUCCAGACCCUCGUUUAGGCGAACUUGUCACGGCCGUUGUUUCGGUCAAACCUGCUUUCAAGGGAAAGGUAACGGAGGAGUCUGUGUUGGCACUUGCGCGCAAGAAUCUCCCUAGAUUCGCCAUCCCUGUUAUGGUUCUAGUCCUGGAAACACCGUUCGAACUGACGCCGUCCGGCAAGAUCAUCAAAGGCAGUCUACGCUCGCUCGCCCUGCAGGAAUGGAAGAAGCGUAACGGUGUGGCCUCAGGCGUGCAGAGCCGAUUGUAAAAGCUGAUUCAGCUGUGGUAUGCCGGAGAGAGGCAAACGGUGUCUUGAAUAUUGGAUAUAUAUGCAUUCAUAUCUUUACGUAGGAUCUUUUCUUUUACUUCGGGUGAAUCAUGAU